AUGGCAUCGGUCCUUGGGAACAACACUCGGGCUCCAAACAGCCAACUCAGAGGCAAGUUCAAAAGGAGGAGGAGGAGGCGGUCCAAGCGGAAAGAAAAAUUGAACAUGCUUUCUGCUUUCAUUGGUCCUUUUAAAUACUUGAAUCCAGUGACUACUAGCACUGAGGAUGAAGACAAUUUAAGUACCAGCAGUGCAGAAGUCAAGGAGAAUCGAAACGUAGACAAUCUGGAGGAGUGCUCCAUCGUGACGGUGGAUCGUCAGUCGUUCUGCUGUGCCGACGCAUCCAGAGGAGGGACGCCAGGUCUGAAAAGGAAAAGGCCUUUAGAAGAAGGAAAUAGCCGCCAUCUGUGCAAACUAAAGCUCAUCUAUAAAAAACUCUCCUGGUCAGUCACACCAAAGAAUGCUCUCGUUCAGCUCAAUGAGCUUAAGCCAGGUUUACAGUACAAAAUGGUCUCUCAGACUGGACCAGUUCACGCACCUGUGUUUUCCAUUUCUGUGGAGGUGAAUGGCCUCACAUUUGAGGGCUCGGGGCCAACAAAAAAGAAAGCCAAGAUGCGUGCUGCUGAGAUGGCCCUUAAGUCAUUUGUUCAAUUCCCAAAUGCUUCUCAGGCCCACUUUGCAAUGGGGAUGCUCAGCAACACAUCCACAGACUUCACCUCUGACCAGGCUGACUUUCCUGACACUCUUUUUAAGGAGUUUGAGCCUGCACCGCAUGGCAACAGCUUUCCGUGCUACAAACCUACAGAAAAUGAAUUGCUUUCCAGUGCUUAUCGACAUGGGAGAUUACUUUGCCACACGUUGGACUUAAUGGUCCAAGCCAAACAAAACAAGCACAAGAUGGUAUCCCCGACCGAGAGCGAAAAGAAUCCAGUGGAGCUGCUAAAUGAGCUGCGACCUGGACUGAGGUACAUUUGCCUCGCUGAAACAGUAGAGAGGCAACACAUCAAGAGUUUCAUAAUGGCAGUGAGGGUUGAUGGGAGAACAUUUGAAGGAUCUGGACGCAGUAAGAAGCAGGCAAAGGCUCAGGCUGCACAGACUGCUCUGCAGGCCCUCUUUAACAUCAGAAUGGUACCCGAGGGAAAAACAAGCCGCAUAUACAGCAGGAGCAAAUGCUGUCACUUACCGCAGGAGUUUGCAGACUCAGUAUUCCAGUUGGUGACACAGAAGUUCCAGGAGCUUGCCAACAGAUGUUCAUCCCUGUACUCACGUCACAAAGUCUUGGCAGGAAUCAUAAUGACUAGAGGCUUAGACAUCAGACAAGCACAAGUGGUUGCACUUUCAACUGGCACCAAAUGUAUUAAUGGCGAAUAUAUCAGCGACCAGGGACUUGUUGUCAAUGACUGCCAUGCUGAAGUUGUUGCACGGAGAGCCUUUGUCCGAUUCCUUUACUCUCAGCUGGAGCUGCUGUUAAGCAAGCAGGGAGAGGACUGGGAACAAUCCAUCUUCAUCAAGCGUAAGGAGGGCGGAUACAGACUGAGGGAAAACAUCCAGUUCCAUAUGUACAUGAGCAGCUCGCCUUGUGGAGAUGCACGCAUCAACUCUCCAUAUGAAAUCACAGCCAACUUGCAUAGCAAUAAACACAUUGUGAAGAAAUUUCAUAGUCAUCUUCGGACAAAGAUAGAGUCAGGAGAAGGGACCCUUCCAGUGCGAUCCAGGAGUCUGUUUCAGACAUGGGAUGGCGUUUUACAGGGAGAACAACUCAUUACAAUGUCUUGUACAGACAAAAUUGCCAGAUGGAAUGUCCUCGGUAUCCAGGGAUCUCUCAUCAGUCAUUUCACUGAGCCCAUCUACUUAGACAGCAUCACUGUGGGAAGCCUUCACCAUACCGGCCACUUUGCAAGGAUAGUAAACUAUCGGUUAGAACGUAUUGGCCAGUUACCAGCAACCUAUAGACAUAACCAACCGCUGCUCAAUGGGCUCAGCAACACUGAAAGCCGCCCUCCUGGAAAGUCUCGCUGCUUCAGCCUCAACUGGACCAUCGGAGACAAUGAAUUAGAAGUUAUCAGCACCACAACAGGGAAAAAAAAAGACUCGGGAGGUCCUUCCCGCCUCUGCAAGCACAGUCUCUUCUCUCGCUGGGCUAAACUUUACCAGAAGCUGAGCAUGCAAGUGCCAAACAGGGGAGAAACACCACUGAUGUACUGUGAAGCAAAGCUGGCAGCUCAGACAUACCAAACUGUCAAACAGCAAUUCUUCCGAUCACUGCAGGAUGCCGGUCUGGGCACAUGGAUGAAGAAACCACCUGAACAGGAGCAAUUCCACCUGCCUGUGUAGGAAAGUGCAGACUGCAAGAUAAAGGAGCGUGUCUCUUCUCGAAAACACGUAGACAUUCAGAAAACACAGCCCACUGGUGUCCACGUGUUGACCACUCACUCUUUGGAGGGACUGAGGAACCUGGCAUGUUGGAUCCUGAAUCAGUUUUUGAGUGGUUGUUUAAAAAAAUAAGAAGAUUUUUGCCAAAAUUACAAUACAGGGAAGUGUUCUUCACCAUACAUUUAACACAGUUGGAGAGGUGACCAUCUCCAAAAUGGAAGAAGCAUCAUUCAGUCCACAUUUUAGAAUUAGAAUGAAAUAGCAGUGAAUAAUGUUUAAAAUCAGAAAUAUACUGUUAAACAACAAACCCUAGACUGGGGGUCGCUUUAUUAGGUACACCAAGCUUAAAGUGACCAGCUAUUCCUUUGCAAAUCCUCACCAGGGUAUGGCCUCUAUUAACGUAGGUGAUGCAGUCUCACCAUAGAGAUGUGGGGCUUGAAAGUGUCCUCUUCACAAAGCUCCUUCUAGAUCAAUCCACAUUUGUGA